GGCAACCCAGUCCAGUGUUCUUGCUUGGAGAAUCCCAUGGACAGAGGAGCCUGGUGGGCUACAGUCUCUGGGGUCUCAGUGAGUCAGACGCAACUAAAGCAACUGAACACACACGUGGUCCACUAGACCCUUGAUUGUUUUCAGUUAUUAUACUUUGGCCUGUGCUUCUGUCCUCUCUGUGUGUUUGUGGCAUGUCAUGGCAGCUUCCCUUUUCCGUCACCCCACCCCCAACUACACUCAUAUACUCCAUUUCUUCCCUUUGCCCACAUAUAAUAGUGGAGCUCUUGGUUCUCCCUCAAGUACUGAGUAUAUAAACAUUUCUCAGAUUCUUUCUUUCUUUCUCACAACCUUAAGUCUUCUGGGGGAAACUGAGGCUCGAUACAGGUGUAAUAAGUGGUGGGAUUUUAGUAGAGGAGAUUCCUGGGCAUGCGGCUGCCAUGCAGCACAGGGCUGAGGCAGGGCCAGCAGGCAGGAAUCAUCUGGGUCAGUGAUUCUCCCAUCCAAGUACUAACCAGACUCUGCUUAGCUUCCGAGAUCAGAUGAGAUCGGGUGCAUUCAGGGUGGUAUGGCUGUAGACUGGGUCAGUGAUUCUCAGAACACAGUUCCUGGACUAGCAGCAUCAGCAUCACCUGGGGCGAAAUGCAGAUUCUCAGGCCUCACGAGAGACAGAUUAAAUCUGAAACUCUGGGGUGGGGCCCAGCAAACUGUGUUUUAAGUUCUGCAGGUGACCGUGAUGCUCCCUAAAGUUUGAGAUCAUGGAUCUAGGUGAGAGGUGGCGCCUGGGCUGGGGAGGAGAGCUUUCAGGGUAAUCCACAGGCCUUGGCAAUUGGGUAUGGAGGGGCAAAGGUGAGGCUGUGUCAAGGAGGGCUCCGAGAUUUGGCUUAGUGAAGCGAAAAGUGUGAAAGUGUUAGUCGCUCAAUCGUAUCUACUCUUUGUGAUCCCAAGGACUGUAGCCCAUCAGGCUCCUCCGUCCAUGGAAUUCUCUAGGCAAGGAUACUGGAAUGGGUUGUCAAAUCUCAAAUUGGUGGGCCCCUCUGGUACUUGUUCCCCACCCCUCAACUCCUGACAGGGGUUCUUCAGCCUCUCCCCACCGUGAGCACUUGCCCCCCACCUCUGGCUCUCUUACUGCCUGUAAGCAAUGCUCCCUCGUCACAAGUCAGCUCCCUGCCCAUCCGUGGUAGCCAGGGCGGUUGCCACAGCAAUUGACAUCAGCAGUUGGUCCCCGAGGAGCCUGCCGCUGUCCUGCCUGCCAGCCUGCAGUGCCUCCGUUACCACUUCUGCGAUGAGCAGAGGAGAUGGCACUGGGGAUCCCUCCCUCCUAGGCACCCAGUUUUGAAGACUGGGUGGGGCAGGGAAGAGCCAGUGGCAAAGGGGGCGGGGCAAGGGGAGGGUCAGUAGGGGAGGCGGGGCCCCUCUUUGGUGGCCUCUUGCCUCUGCGGUGAGCCCCAAGUCCACUCGGCUCGCAGACGGUGGAGGCGGCAGCAGCAGCUAGCAGCAAGUGGGCCAUGGCAGAGGACGAGCCGAAGCCUUCGCCGCUCAGCAUGCCCUUAGUCCUGGACCGGGACCUGACCAAGCAGAUGCGGCUGCGCGUGGAGAGCCUGACGCAGCGCGGGCAGAAGCGCCAGGAUGGCGAGAAGCUGCUGCGGCCGUCCGAGUCCGUGUACCGCAUUGAUUUCAUCCAGCAGCACAGGCUGCAGUUUGAGCGCUGGGACGUCGUGCUCGACCAGCCGGGCAAGGUCACCAUCACGGGCACCUCCCAGAACUGGACGCCCGACCUCACCAACCUCAUGACGCGGCAGCUGCUCGACCCCGCGGCUAUCUUCUGGCGCAAGGAGGACUCGGAGGCCAUGGACUGGAAUGAGGCCGACGCCCUGGAGUUCGGGGAGCGCCUGUCCGACCUGGCCAAGAUCCGAAAGGUCAUGUACUUCCUCAUCACCUUCAGCGAGGGCCUCGAGCCCGCCAACCUCAAGGCUUCCGUGGUCUUUAACCAGCUUUGAUGGCAGCUGCUGGUUGCCACCCCCUCCCCUUGCCCACUUGCCUGUCCCCUGCCCCCCUCCCCACCCCAGGUGUGUGUUUGGGGACAUUAUCUUCUGGCUGCUGGCCUGUACUUGGCUUGGUCGGAGCUCAGCCUGUGUCCUUCCUCCUCUCCUUUCCCUGGUGCUGAGGCUCCCCGCUCAGGGGAGGAAGAUGCAAACUCUUCGUAGUCUAGAAGCUGAACUGGCUGCUGCUGCUUCUGCCCUAGACCAUGGUGGCCUGGUCGGGGCCAGUGUGGGAAGAUGAGAGGCCAUGGGAAAUUGCCUUCUCUCUGCUCCGUCACUGGGAGAGACUGAGAGAGAGACCAAGAUACAGACAGCAACAGGCAGAGAGAGACAUAUCUAAAGAACCAGGCAUCCGGCUUCCUCCAGAGACAGGGAGGCAGAGACGACAGAGCAGCCUCCUUGGAGAGUCUGGCAAACAGGCAUUUGCUGCCCUCAUGGCCACAAAGCCUUUCCCUGGAGCCCGUGUCCGGAGGUGAACACCCAGCCCGAGAACCCAGGAAGGUGCUUCUCUGGGUACCUUGUGUGGUCCCAUGACACCUUACUCUUAACACAUCCGGCCAGGGUGCUGUGGGGGCUGAUUUGGGCAUGGGGAGUGACUGGCAUGCUGGGGGCUGUGCAGACCAACUCUUGUUCUGAGAAUGACUUCAGGAGGGGAGAAGUGAAGGGGGAAGUCUGUCUGUCCAUACGUAUAAAUGUACAUCAAGAGGGAUCAUGCCGUGUCAUUUGGAUGUAUUCUGUACCUGCCCUGUGAACAAGUCUGACUUUAGAUGACCUAUCAUAUAAUCACCCAGCUGGUUGCCUGGUGGCCUUUAGCAGGAGCUUGAUCAGGGUGACACUGGGGACGGGGUGCUUCUGAGCUGGGAGACGGAGGUUCAUGCAGUGAAGUGGGGAGCAGUAUAGUAAGCAGAUAUCCCUCUGCCUGGGGGAGAGUGGGAAGCUGGAGAGAGGGGGUCCAGAGUCCUAGAGCUGGAGGCAGUAGCAUCUCUGGGGCCUGCUGGGACAUCAGGUUCUUCCUGGGUGACUGUUGGGAGAUGGUGAGUGUGUCGUCUCGGUGCGGCAUCUUUGGUGGAGUCAAAGGGUGGGGAUGGACAUGGCCUGGGAGAGCAGUUGUGAUGGCUGAUGGUCAGAAAUGGGCUGGGGGUGGCAGUGUGGUGUGAUGGUGAAACACUGGCCUCAGAGGUUGCUGGGGGAAACCCACUCACCAGAGAGGGAAACUGAGGCGCAGUUGCCAGCAGAUUCAGUUCCAGCCCGCAAGCCUCACUCCCCUUCACACUACUCAGGCCCAGAGUUCUGGCAUCAGCCGAGGGCGCUUCAGGCGCUUCCCGGCCCUCCAGGCCGGCCCCGCCUUUUUUUUUUGUUAGGGAUGUGCCUGUGACAGUUUGCUCGAGAAGCAGAGCUGUCGAGGGGUUGGAGAGCCCUGGGAACACAGGCAGCGAGAGAUGGAGGGUGAGAGCCAACCCCAGUGAUCGGCGCUGCUGGGAGGACAGGCCCCCCACUUCAGAGGCAGGCAAAUGGAAGCAGCUGGAGUAGGAUUCCUCAUUGAGAGGUUUGACUGUGAUGUGACCAAUGGUCCGUCCUAACUCAAAGCUCAGGGGUCUGUUCUGGGACAUGGUAGGAUUCCUGCUUGCUUUAUGCUGACUCCGAGAGAGCCUGGAGGCCAGACCCCGGCAGAUGGCCCACCCCUUCUGUCUUUGCUUGACCUCUCCCUGCAGCUCUGGGGACCCUCUUGGUGCAGCCUGCUUGUACCCCCACCCCCUACCACGUCUGCCCCAUUCAGGCAUGCGUGCCUCUGCCGUGGCCACUACGCUUCCCCAAUAAAGCCUGUGUGCCCCGC